AUGAAGGGCAUCAAGUUCCUCAGAGUGACGAUAACCAACGACCUGUCCCGGACUUCCCAUGUCAAUCAGCUUCAAGUGGUGCCAUUGUUUGGGGAUAUGCAGAUAGAAUUGGCCAGAUACAUUAAGACCAGUGCUCACUAUGAGGAGAACAAAUCCAAGUGGACAUGUACGCAGAGCAGCAGUAGCCCUCAGUACAACAUCUGUGAGCAGAUGGUGCAGAUUCGGGACGACCACAUCCGCUUCAUCUCUGAGCUCGCACGUUAUAGUAACAGUGAGGUUGUUACAGGAUCAGGCCUGGACAGCCAGAAAUCGGACGAGGAAUACCGAGAGCUGUUUGAUUUGGCGCUGCGAGGCCUGCAGCUUCUCUCCAAGUGGAGUACUCACGUCAUGGAAGUGUAUUCCUGGAAGUUGGUUCAUCCCACAGAUAAAUUCUGUAACAAGGAUUGUCCGGGCACGGCGGAAGAGUAUGAGCGAGCGACUCGCUAUAACUACACGAGUGAGGAGAAAUUUGCACUGGUUGAGCUGUACAUGGUGAGGACCAUGCUGGAAUCUCUCAUCGCUGACAAGAGUGGCUCCAAGAAGACCUUACGAAGCAGUCUCGAUGGUCCAAUUGUGAUCGCUAUCGAGGACUUUCACAAACAGUCUUUCUUCCACACACACCUCCUAAACUUCAGCGAAUCGCUGCAGCAGUGCUGUGAUCUGUCCCAGCUCUGGUUCCGAGAGUUCUUCCUGGAGCUGACCAUGGGCCGAAGGAUCCAGUUUCCCAUUGAGAUGUCGAUGCCAUGGAUUCUGACGGACCAUAUUCUGGAGACCAAAGAGCCCUCCAUGAUGGAGUAUGUUUUGUACCCGCUGGAUCUGUACAACGACAGUGCUUAUUACACUCUGACCAAGUUCAAAAAGCAGUUCCUGUAUGACGAGAUUGAAGCGGAGGUGAACCUCUGCUUCGACCAGUUUGUUUACAAGUUGGCUGAUCAAAUCUUUGCUUAUUACAAGGCUAUGGCUGGCAGCGUAUUGUUGGAUAAAAGGUUCCGAGCGGAAUGCAAGAACUAUGGAGUCAUCAUCCCCUACCCACCGUCCAAUCGCUACGAGACGUUACUGAAACAGAGACAUGUGCAGCUCUUGGGAAGGUCCAUCGACCUCAACAGACUCAUCACCCAGAGAAUCUCAGCUGCGAUGUAUAAAUCUCUGGAUCAUGCAAUCAGCCGCUUCGAGAGUGAGGAUUUAACGUCUGUUGUGGAAUUAGAGUGGCUGUUUGAAGUUAAUCGUCUCACCCAUCGUCUCCUCUGCAAACACAUGACCCUGGACAGUUUUGAUGCCAUGUUCAGGGAGGCCAAUCACAACGUAUCUGCUCCAUAUGGACGAAUCACUCUGCACGUCUUCUGGGAGCUCAACUUUGACUUCCUGCCCAAUUACUGCUACAACGGAUCGACCAAUCGGUUUGUUCGGACAGCAAUUCCCUUUACAGAUGAGCCUCAGAGGGACAAGCCUGCCAGUGUCCAGCCGUAUUACCUUUAUGGGUCAAAGCCCCUGAACAUUGCCUUCACACACAUCUACAGUGCCUUCCGCAACUUUGUGGGUCCCCCUCACUUCAAGACUAUCUGCCGGUUGCUGGGCUACCAAGGUAUCGCUGUGGUGAUGGAAGAGCUCCUGAAAAUCGUCAAAAGCCUGGUAAAUGCCUGGCUCCUGCAAGACUCUAAAGAAAACUUAAACUUGUAUAAGUACAGAAAACAGGACCUUCCCAAAUGCUUUGCAGCCUUUAAAGUUCUUCUUGAACUGCACAACAGUGAUUAG